AUGACUGAAUAUGCAGAGGAAAUUUUGAUGCGUGCAGGUAUGCAAGAUUGCAAACCCGUUUCAACACCGGUGGACUUGAAAUCAAAACUAGCGGAGGGUGUGGGCAAGCCAGUUGAUGAGCCUACACAGUAUAGAAGCCUAGCUGGAGCUCUCCAGUAUCUAACUUUCACAAGACCGGACAUAGCGUAUGCUGUUCAACAAAUUUGUUUAUUCAUGCAUGAUCCAAGAGAUCUUCAUUUACAAGCAUUGCGUAGAAUAUUGCGUUAUGUACAAGGAACAAAGGACAAAGGACUUCAACUACUCAAGAAACAAAAGCUACAACUAACGGCAUACUCAGAUGCUGACUGGGCUGGUUGUCCAUCAACUCGUCGCUCUACAUCAGGCUUCUGUGUCUUCCUCGGCGAUAACCUUCUGUUUUGGUCAGCAAAGAGACAACCAACGGUGUCUCGAUCUAGUGCAGAGGCCGAAUACAAAGGCGUCGCCAAUACAGUCGCUGAACCUUGUUGGCUACGUAACCUUCUUCUAGAAAUGCAUUGUCCUCUUCAACGCGCAACGAUCGUCUAUUGUGAUAACAUUAGCGCUGUCUACUUAUCCUCAAAUCCGGUUCAACAUCAACGCACAAAACACAUUGAGAUUGACAUCCACUUUGUCAGAGAAAAAGUUAAAAUGGGACAUGUCAAAGUGUUUCACAUCCCCGCAGCAUCGCAGUACGCAAACAUCUUCACCAAAGGCCUGCCUACGUCUCUGUUUCAAAGUUUCCGAUCCAGCCUUGGCGUCUCGCAACUCGCCGCUGCGACUGAGGGAGGGUGUUAG